CGCCGUACCAGCAUCUCAACCUAAGUAGAUCCAUCGACACCACUCCAUCACUCUGCAAUGACUGCAGCAUUUAUUGGACCGUUUCGCCUUCCUCCCAUCUCUUUAUACUGUAUCUGAUUGUUUUCUCAGAUUUUUCUCAAAGAAUCUCAAAAUUAAACUGAUUUAGUGUCGAAUCUAGAGUUUUUAUAUUCACAUUCGAUUUGUUCAGAGGAUUAAUGAUAUGGAUUUAUUAUCAGUUUAUGUGUUUUUAGUUUUGAAGCUCGGUUGCUAAUUGCGGAUGUAAUUUGCUUGCAGUGAUUCUCCAAUUCAACCACCGGCGUCUCAUAACCUUCAGCCUAUGAAUGAUAAUAUUUUGGACCAGGUGUAAUCAAAGUCUGCUCUCCAAUGAGUCGAACACAACCUCCUUUGGCUUUCAAAAAUCCAUAAUCCUCUCCAAGCUUAUCGACCUGGUGGAUUCAAGGUUCCCAGGACCUAUUAAUGGAAUACCAUGGGGUUCAAAAGCUUUUCCACGUCCAAGCGGGCCCCUCUGUGAAGCCUUACCAUUUCCUGGAUUAGAGAGUUUUUUUCGCAAUAUCAGCAGUAAGGGAGCGCAGGGUUUGGCAGACUUCUAUAGGUUUCUCAGCCCAUCUGAAUGCCUAAUAGUCAAGGGCUUACUAUGGCAGGGGAUUGAAAAUCUAACGAGAUCAUGUCACUGAACUUGGCUUAUAGGCUUUAGGAACAUGCUGUUGGAUUGUUAUUGAUGAGCUCCUUGAGGCUAUCCUUUGGUUUCGGCGUACAAGCGCAGCGUGAAGGGCGACGUAUUCCACACAAAAAUGUUGUGUCGGCGGGAUGGUCGGUGAGGAUGAGAAUAUUGAUUCAAACCGGAGAAACUGAUUUUGCAAUCUUCAGCUCUCGCUGAUUUCGCUCGCUUGUCGUCUUUCUUAUGGGCCAACAACGCUCCUCACCACCCAAACACAAAGUUCAAGUAGAAGCCAAAGCUCAGCUUAAAGAUUCAGCUCAGAAGAUUCUACAGCAUCUAAAGAAAGAUGUUAAAAUUAUAUCUUUGGAUCCUCAUCCUUAAGAUACUCUGUUCUGCCUUCCAUUUCAUUAAGCACCGAAGGUAAUAUAUAGAUGGAAACAGAAAUCCACUUUGCACAUCUUCUCUGUCUUUGAAUUAAUCCAUAUUCCAUAAUUUUGGGAUGCAUAUACAAAAGAGCUUGAUGGCGGUUCCAUGAAGGUAAGAGGGAACAAUCUCUGAGUCUAACAAGGUGACAUACUACUGUCGUUGUUUGGUGAAACUCCAGAUAGUGUUCUCUUCAGAAGAGAUGAUCAUGAGUUCAUUAUUUGACUUAUGAGAAGCGGUUAACACAAGACAAGCUUAAAUAUCUAAUUUUCAUCAAGUAGUACAUAAUUGAUAGUUAAUGUAUUUCUUUUUUAAGUCAGACUGAAGAUAAAAAUGAGAAGGAUACCGCAAAAGCUUCCUAAAGUUCAUGUACAUUGUGCCAAGGGCUUAGUAGGGAGUUCCAGUCAUAGUGAGUAUGUGAAGGAAAUAGCCAAUAUGUAUAGGGUCUAGAGAGACAGAGAAGGAGGACGACCUUGAAUAUCUGAAGAAACAGCCCCAAGAUGAAGUGGUGCAGUUUUGAAGAUGCUAGAAUCUUUAAGAAAGAAUAUCUUAAGCCGUUUUUACUUGAUUGAGGCGGCAAAUGCCAUCAUGUAAAAGCAAAACAAGAAUGUUUGGAUGAUGAUUCAUUCCUUUUAUUUAUUGAUCUACCAAGGACGAAGUGAUGCAAUUGUGCAGAUGUAGCAUGGCUCUUAUAAUUUUAUGGUAUGGUGUUAGCCAAUUACUCUGUCAUUCUACCGUAUUUGUUGUCCUCUAUAUUUUUUCUAGAGAUUAAGUUCUCUCUGAACGGGCAUAGUUAAUCUUCACCGUUUUCGGUGGUAGAGUAGUAACUUAGAAAUAUUGUAU